UACAUGAUGCUAUAUUCUACCUUCCUGAGUGCAGAUUAUUAAUUGGUGGAGAAAUGACACAAAGUUCAGGCAAGAAAUGUCAAGACAUUCUUGAUGACAUCAUCAUGAAUGAAGAAGCCUCUAAGGCCAAAUAUAAUCAACGUCUAAAAACACAACUAAAGGAUGUUCUGAACGUCCGACUAGUAAAAUCAUUAUCAAAAGAUGAUACUCUAAAAUGUCAUAAUCAUGCUCCAGUUAUGUUAUAUCAGAAACAAGAAUGUAAUUACAUCAAGUUUACGAUAGCGGUCGAUGUUCUCCUCAUGCUUGCCAUUAACUCCAGUAUUUCAAGUCUAAAAAGUUUAUUUGUUCGUGGAAUCAAAGAUCAACUUCAGGGAAUCGUGUCCUGCUUUGACUCUUUCUCUGAGGAUUCGACAUUUUGCAUUCCAAAAGUUUUUCAUUUUAAAACACCGAAUUUUCCAUAUAUAACGAGCUGUAUUUAUCCUUGGAAACAAAGUAACGAUCAAAUUUUUGAUGAAAAUCACUUUGAAAACGAAAGAUCUCGCCUUCUGAAGAAGUUGCUUCUUCCGGCUCGAAGACCAACUCUUCAUCCAAACAAUGCCUACAUAUUUCAAGACGAUCGUGCCAAAGAUUCGUCAUAUCUUGUGAACCCUCAUGAAUGCCUAUUAAAACCUGCAGGCAAUGGGAGUCACGUGGCUGUGGUGGAUGGAUAUUACUCUUAUCAUCAUUACAUGCAAGAUGGCUUUGAUGAUAAUAAAUGGGGCUGUGCUUAUCGUUCAUUACAAACAAUUUUCUCGUGGUUUCGUUACCAAGGUUACACAGACAAAACAGUACCAGGCCAUCGGUCAAUACAGGAAGCCUUAGUCGCUCUUGGAGAUAAACAGCCAUCAUUUAUCGGCUCGAAGAAGUGGAUCGGGUCAUUUGAAGUCCAUCUUUGUUUAGACUAUUUUCUUGAUGUAAGUUCAAAAAUAUUGGCGGUCAACAGUGGAGCCGAGCUGCAAAAUAAAGGAAGAGAAUUAAUACAUCAUUUUCAAACACAAGGAACGCCGGUUAUGAUAGGUGGUGGUGUUUUAGCACACACAAUACUUGGUGUUAGUUUUAAUGACAGAAGCGGUGAAAUAAAAUUCCUAAUACUUGAUCCACAUUAUACCGGAGGUGAAGAUUUGAAAAUUAUUUUAGAUAAGGGUUGGUGUGGAUGGAAAAACCAUAUGUUCUGGAAUCAACAGGCUCACUAUAAUCUCUGCAUGCCCCAAAGACCUGUUAAAGUAUAAAUAAUAAUCAUGGGGGCAGUUGUACGAAAACUGGAUAGAGCUAUCCACGGGAUAGUUGUUUUUUCAGUCCGUUUUAAAGAAUAACUUUACUUGAACUUAGAUAGUAUUCUUAAAUUGGGGAUUCUCUUUGAUAAUUGUAGCUCCAAAGAUGUAAUUUUAUUUCACUCCCAGCAUUUUUAGAACGGUUGAAAAAAUCACUAUCCGCGUGAUAGUCAUGUGAACGUUAUGUGGCGCGCAAUAACAGGCCUGGGGACUAUGGCUUGAUACAGGCGAAUUUGACCAUAACUAUGAAUUGACCAAUAUUUUAAUAUGAAUAUUGCACAGCAGUAU